GUUUCGAUCAAGUGAGCUGCGGCAGGCGCCCUCUAUUUUGACUGUUGACCUGGCUGGAGAUUGAGCACACUCCGAACAAUACUGGGGUCGAGGUGCAAGAAGAGGUUACUACAUACUCGGUGUCUUUUGUCAUUAUUUUGAAAAGCAGUCACUCUUUUCUCCGCAUUCCAGAACCGGCGGUUUCCAGCUUGGCAGUUCCUGUCUCGCCUUCCUGUUGGUGAGUGAGUUUUCCAACACGCACCGAAUAUUCUCUGCGGAAACGGCUCGACUUGUCAGCACGACAUCCUGCAAGCUCCUUCCACCUCUCAUCACUUGCCUCCAACUGCUGGCUCCGCCGAGACCGAGUUCCUGCUCCCACCCAGCCAGUCCACUUUCGACUUUCAUUUUUUUGUCCAAUAUUUGCCCCACCAAAUAGUUCACGGUUUUGCGACUCGAUCCCUACCCUCAACGUACUGUCACGGUUCCGCGACCUCCAAACAAACCCCUCGAUUUGCCUCUGUGCUAAACACCGCGCGCGAGAGCUGUGCUUGAACGCGGCACCAUUCCCACGUCGACACGAUCUGGUUUCCCGCCCCCGCCCAAGACAACUGCGUCGGGCCCCAAUUGCUAGUUGACUAUCCAAACAUCCGGCACCGUUUGCCUUCACCGGGAAUCAAACGGGCUCGGCCAGACAAGGGGGCCACCAAGUUUGCCCCCUUGCAUAGCUAAGGCAACAGACGGUUCGCCAUUUUGCUCUUUCACUGUUUGCUUGGGGAUUUCCGACUUGGAACUUAGAGUGAAGGAAAUUCUUCACCAACUUCGAAUCUAAGCGCUGGCAAAAGUUGUUCCUACAGUUGGUAUCUUUGGCAGGAAGGGGGACAGGUAGGGCGUGCCCUAGCCCAAUAUCAGAUCACAAUGGUCAAGCCAGAUUUCGAACGGGAUUACUAUGCCGAUCUCGAACUCCCAUCCAUGUCCGAGAUCGAAGUGGUCAAAAAGCAAUUCAAGAAGCUCGCUCUUAAGUAUCAUCCAGAUCGCAACAUUGGCAACGAAGAACUAUCGAAGGAAAAGUUUGUGCUCAUCCAAACAGCCCAUGAGAUCUUGACCGACCCCUCGCAAAAAGCAAAGUAUGAUGCCCACCGCGCGCGCUUGGGGCGAUGGAGCGCCGCCUAUGGCGGUGCGUCAGGCGUCAGAGGCAACCCAUACAUGAAUACCUCUCAAGAUAUAAACUCGAAGUUUGGCGCACCUCCGCAGAGACGACCUCCGAUGCCCACCCGGCCGACUACCACAGCCAGCACCGGGGGAGCUUCAAGAUACUCACAAUGGCAGGCAAAGCCAAAGACGAAGACGGAGUCAAUGAGGGAACAAUCGAAAUCGGAGGCUUGGGAAAGGUCCAGGGCAUCAAAUCCGCAAACUGCCUACGGGGCAACGCGCCCGGUCCCACCGAGACCGAGAGAUGCUCCUCCGACCCCGAGGAGCGCGGCUCAGGAAAGACGGCAACAGGCUGCCUUUGGUGGAAACUCAACAAGGAAGACAGGAUUUACACCAUCAUCACCAACAGGCGACGAACCGCCGGUUAAAAAUCAUCACUACAACACGUACACAGCCUCAGGGAGCACCUCAGCAGCCGGCGCUGCCCCUACUGGCAAACCUCGGCCGACGUCUGAGUACGUUGACCCACUGACCCAACAAUUCGGCGACACCUUCUUGGAUAAUCGGCAGAGCACGCCUUAUGCUACCAAUGUGGGGGAAAAGUUUAACCCAUUCGAGCCUCUGAACGUCAACCGGGCCAAGAGCAUGAAGGACAACGCGCGCAAGAAUCCCGCUGAGGCGCCGCCUGCACCUCCUAAUCGCCAACGAAGUGCCAGCGUGGGUUCUGACGGUUUCCGACGAUCGAGCAAUGAGAAGCCGCCAUAUCAUGAGACGGCCACCAACCCCCGCUUUCCAGCUCAAUCAAAGGCCAGCGCCCGGUACAGCCCCCGAACUGCGCAGCCGCCUGACUCCGCACCACCGACUACGGCUGGGUUUGGCGGAACCGCCACCAGCUCUACCUCAUCAGUCAAUAGUAGCGCAAACGCUACAGUAAACGGAGGAGCUUCUGCUCAGGCCAAGCCUGGCCCCAAGGUUUUCGCGGUGCCCGACGACGAUGACGACCCGACCUCUCCCAUCCAAACAGCCCGGUUCGCGAGACACAGCGCCGAUAAUAUCAAUACGAAGUUUGUCGCCGAAGACAAGGGUAGGUUCGAGUUCAGCGCUGGGAGUGAUUUUGAGGCUUCGCCCAGCUCUCCGCUAGAUAAUGCCUUUACGAGAGCAAGACGCCGUGGCCGACAAUCCCCACUGCGACAAGAUUCUGGGACCUCAUACGAAGCAUUCGCCAAUGCAUCCCCGAAACCAGCAGCAGCCAUGCCUCAGCAAGAGGCUGCUCCGAAGCCGAGUGCCUUCGAUGCCAAGAAGUGGGAGGAAUUGAGCAAGGUCAACAUCUUUAAUCCAACAGCGGCUCAGAGGUCAUCAGUGUCACCUACUCGACCAGUCAAACCGCUCAAGAAGACUCGGGGCGGAGGAGUUCGCCUAACAGCAGGAUCGGCUGGAAUGGCAGAGGAGGACGAUAGUAGUGGUGAGGACCGAGCACAGGCAGGCACCGGAAGAGCCAACGCCAGUGGUCCCAAAAGCCCCAACGCCAUGGAUAUUGACCCUCCCGUUUCUGAAACGACAGCUCAACAACCGCCUGCGGCCAACGAAGCCCGACCCAUCCCUGUUGAACCGACAAAGCCGGAGUGGCGAGCUGGCCAUGUUGGCACCACUGCGACCGCUGCUCCGCCUCUGCCUCCAAAGGUCAACGGUACACAGAAGAUGCCCAAAGUGAACCCAACUCACGCAGGGUCCGAAGACACGGACGACUUUAUGAGACCGAAUGUGUUUGCAGACUUUGAGAAUAUUGCGCCUUUCAGCCAGAAAGCAACAGGACUGAACUCAUUUGCCGAUUUGGGCCAAAGCCUGCCAUUCCAAUCCAGACCCUCGGCCACAAUUCCCAUACCUCAGAUGAAGCCUACGCCGCUUUCCUGUCCACCUGUUCCCCAAGCACCCAAAGUUCCGACAACACUUGCUUUUGGCGGUGUCAAGUUAGGGAGCCCAGCUUGGAAUACAUAUACCAAGGAGUUUGAGGCCUACAUGAUUGCUUGGUCUCAAUGGAACGGCACGAUGUUGACACACUUUUCUACACGCCAGGCUCAACAAAACUCGGCGGGCUUCUCAUGGGUCAGUGCUAUGGGUGACAAUGGUUAUCAGGAAUAUGUCAACUCGCUGGAGCAGGACAAGCCACUCAGACAAAAGUGGCUAGCCGCAUGCGAGAACCAUGAGCUGCAGUUCAAAGAGUUUCAGAAGAUGCGGCAGGGGUUGAUGAGGAAUUAGGAGGCUUGAAGGCAUCGGGUAUCUUGAAGGUAAUGGCGCCCUGCGACUGCGUUUUCUUCACCUUCACCCGGCUCCAAAAAUUGCUUCGAUGCCGCCUGAACUGCGGUAACGCAACAGCAGGAAGACAAGUGGGCAUCUUCAGCUGCGAAGCCCAGCCAUCAUUAUCCAAGGUUCGGUUUCAAGCCGUUAUGUGACCUACCGUUACGCUCAGCUGUAUCUUCGGCUAAAGGGAUGUUAGUUUGUGGGAAAUGACGAGCAUGACCGCAUAGUUUUGUUCUCCCGGGAGGACACUGAGUAGCAAAAGUGCGGAAAUGUUACGCAGGCCUUUUGGUUGGAGCUUGGUCUGUCGAUAGGAGAGCACGACAUCCUCAAGUCGAGAUACUUCCAUCUAUUAUUAUCAAGUAGGGGUUGGGUACGAGACGCCAUCUCAAAAAAGAUCGGGUUGGAUGAAGGUUGAUGUUCUAUGGGCUUGGCUCGCUGCCGCUUUUCGGUGAUAGUUCAGGCUAUCCCUAAUGUCACGGAGAUCAGUGCGAUGGCUCUUUUUGCGUUUCUAGGUUCUGGCAACAAGGUUUAAGGUUUGUUUGCCGUUGCUAUCUUGCUAGAUUUGUUCUCUGCGAACUUGGCGAAGCAAAAUCAGGGAAGGGGGGAUAGAAGCGGUUACCUAGAGGGAUGCACAUGAAACUAGAUGAAAUGGGGAGACGAGCUUUGGUUGGGUUAUUUUGGUGUAUAGUACUGUUAGAUGGAGUUUCUGAUUGCUGGAUAUUGUGGCUUGGUGCGUGUCGAUGCAGGUUACCAUCUCUUUCUGCGUAAUGGCUCAAGAAGAAGUUCGGCCCUAACAUAGUGUGAUGUUAUUUCUACCUAUCAGUCGCCCCUCCAAAAACACCCACCUUGUUACCCUUGACGACAGCUAUCGAGUCUCGCCUGACAAACCCCUCAACACACGCCCCAAUCUCCUUACCCCCUCUGUGAUCUUGUGCUCCUCCUCCCAAGAGAAACUCAACCUGAUAUUCCCCCUAAACUUCGCCCCUUCCUCAUCUCCCCUCACCUCAAACAUCUCCCCCUCUGCCACGAUCAACUCCUCCUCUUGCCUGGCCUUUUGCGCCACCACCCUUGCGUCAAGCCCCUCCGGCAAAGUCAACCAAACAAAAUACCCCCCAAACCUAUCCCCAUCCUGCGCAGCCACCGUCACCCCCAACGCUCCCAACUCCUGCUUGAUCGUUUCCAUGAUGAGCUCAUGUCGUCUCCGCAGACUGGGCCUGACCGUUUCCUGCAGAUGCCUCUCCAACUCCCCAGCCUUCAUCACUUCAGCCAACAACGCAGCAGCAAACUGGCUGGCCGCGCCUCCCGACCUGGUCGCCCCCGUCUGGGACAGCCCCAUGAUGAAGUCUGGCGUGCCGUGAACCCACCCCGUCCUGAGACCGGGUCCCAGCAGUUUGGAGAAAGAGCCGUUGGAAAUAACGUUGCCGAACCAUUUCCCAGAGCUUGUUGCGGGCUCUGAGGGACCCAAUGAC